UUUUCAGCUUUGAUCUCCAGCAUCUGCAGUCCUCACUUUCUCCUCGAAGACACUUACUAACUGCCUUUGCUGAGCUGCUGCUCAUUUCAAUGCCCCUGAAAGAUCAGAGCCCAGAGUGAUGAUGGUUAGCUUUGCAGCCCUGCUUCAGUUGAAACUGAGUACUUGGUGGGAGGGAAGAAGGAGCACAAAAGUAGUUCUGAAGCCGUUCUGAAGAAAGGUGACUGGACCCGAAACAUUAACAUUGCUUUCUGGCCCCAGAUGCUGCUAGAGCUGCUGAGUUUUUUUUUCCAGCAAUUUCGGUUUGUGUUUGUGGCACAAGUACACACUCAACUUGCAAUGUAUUCUAUUUUGCAGUAAUCCAGUGCCAUGGCAGGAUCAAAUUCUGAAUGGUCCCAGAAAGUAGCAGCGUUCUAUGCCAGUCCGUCACAUUUUCUUGCCAGUACAACAACUGAGAACUUUGUUUACGAUCUCCUGAGGGUCCUGGCAGAUGAGAAGAUCAGUGAAAACGUAAAGAUCCAGAUUCUCGGGAUAAUUCAGGAAUUCCCAGGAUUGCUGUUCACCAACUCUCUGGUGGCUGAGCAGGCAGCAGAGUCAAUCUUCAGCAUCUACUCACAGCUGCCCCUUGUACCCAAGUCCGUCAAUCUGAAAUGCCACUUGCUGCUUUCAGUCACCACUAUAGUCAUUGCCACUGAUCACCUGACCAGCAAUGCGAAAAUAUUGAACAAUCUGAUGAGCCAACUGCUUGAUACAGUGUGUGACACUAAUGAUCGCAAAUACGGGGGACAUUUCAGGCCCCUCAGGGCCCUAGCGUGCGACUGCCUUCGAGAAUUUGAAACAUGUCACCCAGGGCUCCUGUCAAGAAAACUGGAACUUCUGCAUAGCCUCCAGCAAAAGGAAGUCAGUCCGCUGCACCAGGCCUACACGCUGCUGUAUAUCCAAGUGUUGAAAAAUGCAGUCCGCACACUCUCGCGGUCGCGUAAUGUGUCAGAUGGAGCCAUCCGAGAACUGUUGACAAGGAACGAGGAAAUCAAAUGGAAGGUGAUGGAAAAGCCACAGGAUUUAUUAGCCAUCGCCACAACCACCAAUCUGACUCCAUUACCAUCGACCAUUGAGACGAAGGAGUUGAAGUCUUCAGUGACUCUGCUGUUGGAGGAGUCCUUCCUUCUAACUCCAGUAUCCCAAGCUGCUGUGUUUCACGAAUUGAUCCAGGUGGUCCUUAUGGUGCGCUCGCUUUCUCCAGCCAUUUUCCGAUCCCAGUUACUGCGUUUGUUUGGGACAAUGGAUAUCUCCUUGAUGCACAGCAUGCUGCACAUGAAGGCAAGCUUCACUGAUAGUCUCUUCAGUGCCGAGGAUGAGAACUUCCUGUUGAAGCGUCUGGUCUGUAUGGCCCAGCAUCCACUGCUCAGCAAUCCUGUCAAGCUCUUCUACAUGGACUGCUUGCUUCACUUUCCUGAAAACCGCCCCAUUAACUCUAACCUGGAAGAGAAUCUUCCAGUUUUGUUCACGCCAAAGAUGGCGGCUUGCCUUUUCCCCACACUUUUUAACGACAGCAGCACUAUGAUGUCUCGUCUCAACCUGGUGAGUCUUAUGUGCCUUGACAGUGCUGAGGAGGAAAGAGGACUUGCUGAGAUCUUUGAUUACCUUGUGUCCUUAUACAAACUGGUGGAUGCCAAUGGGAGCCGAGGACAUACUGUGACAUUUUUCCAAGCCGUGUACAUAUUUGUGAGUUGCUUCCAUGCCAGUGAAAUGUAUAUGUCAGAGUUGACUCAAUAUAUGGUUAAGUUGUACCAGAGGCAUUGCACCUUAGCUCCACACAUGAUUAAUCUCAUAGACAGCAUUCAGCAUCUCUUGGAGGAUUCCAAAUGGCCUGUUUCACUGGGGGAGGCUUUGCGCAAGCUGAUUGUGGAACUCCCGCCAAAGCAACUGUCUCCUCAUAAACUCAUAUGGCACCUCAAGGUCCUAGCAAGAGUGGCCAAGGAACCCACCAUAUUGCAGAAGACAACAGUUCAGUUUUUACUGAAUGUUGUUCAAGCUUCCGACCUGUGCAGGCAGGGUGAGUGGAGAAUGGGUAACUCAGUGCUGUCAGUGUGCAAAAGCAUUCUGCAUCACCAGAACGUGGAACCCAUCUUCAGUGACCUUGCAGACCUCCUGCAGCACGUUCAUGCCCAGUUCCAGGACAUUGACAUUCAGGACCAUGCCCAUUUCUAUUAUGCCUUACUCACCUGCCUCUCCCACGAGAAGCUCGCAGGAAUCGUGGCACCGGGGACAGGGAACUGUAUUCGGGCAAAGGCGCGAUCGCUCUCAUCCCUAAUGUCAGAGAGUGCAGGUCACUCCAUCUCUGUUCUUCCAAUAAAACACCCAGUACUGAAACUCAUUCCAGUCCCAGAAGAAGGUUCUUCCAACCGUGGUCCUGCUGGAGACAUGACCGUGAAGGACUUUGAAGAAGAUUCCUUGCAGAAAUACUUAAACCAAUUCCAAAAUGUCGGAUUUGCUUCUACCAUUGUGAUGAAAUUCCAUUUGACUUUUGCCGAGAAAGUCGAUCCCGAGUAUCACAAAAUCUACACUGUGCAUCUCUGUUUUGACCUGAGGAGUACCCACUACGAGCCACUGAGUGAUCUCCAUGUACCCUGUCUCUUCCUGAGCAGAACCCCUCACGUUUUCUCCUUGGCUUUCAAGCCACAUCUACCUUUUCCCGUCAUGUUACACACGAGGGCAGUCUUUACCAAGGAGGACGGCAGUACGUGUUGUAGCCAGCUUGAACCUGUUGACAUCGGUUUCGCCCGCUUGUUCCUGGCCCUUCCCGUUCCGACAAAUUGGCCGCUGGAAAUGAAGGCUCGACUUUUUAACCAGUUCUGGGAAUCCUUGCUCCAGACUGGAUCCAGCCAGUCCGUUCUCAGUCGCUUCUGCUUUACAACAGUUCAGAGACCUCUGAGUGAACUCGUAAACCUGCACUUUCAGAAAUAUGUGGUUUCGCAGCAGUCAGACCCAGAGUCCUACAAGGCUUUUCUGUUCCUACCCCCUCGAGUCCACCUUUUGCUCAGUCUGGAGCAGGCACAAGAUAUGGCAAAGGUUGAUAUUGUUACUGAUAACUGGCAACUUUUACCUUUCAUUAAUUCUUACCUGAUUGACAUAACGUCUGAAAAAUAGCUGCUGCAGACUUGUCAUCUGAACACAGUGCAGCCAUUAAACUCUUUAUGUUUGGUACCAUUUUGAAUGUACUUCCUUAUUCAAGCGAUGAGGUUGUCUUCUGAGGAUUACUGCCGAGUGUGUAAUGUAUGCUCUAAGUUGUUGAGAGUGCAGAAGUUUGAGACCAUUGCUAAGGUAAUACCCGUUCUGUUUCAUUUUAAUGCAAGUGAGUCUUAAAGGCCUAGUAUUUACUCGAUGCAAGAAGAUUUGAUGCCCAGAAAAUUCCCAGUUUGAACAUUUCCCAGGCUGGGGUGAAUUAGGUACGAUUAAUUCAGGUCAUUAUAGAACCUAAGUAAGAAAUGCUCAAAGGUUGGAUAACAUCAAACUGUCCAGGUUUCCAGUUGGUGAAGCAGUACUGCCCUUCGACAAUCAAUAGAUCAAUUGGAAAAGAUAGGAUACAUGUUGGAAAUGAUGCCCGUUGUAACUGCAGAGUCUGUUGCUUCCUGUCCAAACUGACACAUGAAAUACAUUGUGUUAGGUAAGGUACAGGAGGGCAGUUAGUGCCACUGUAAGUGGAUUGUAUUUGAUACCUUCAGAAGUGGAGGGAUUGACAGUGAUGAGGAAAAUAAAUUGUUCAGCUGCAUCACAGCUACUGCACAGCAGCAGUGACCCAAGUUCAAGUCCACCCCCAGUGUGGAGUUUGCACAUUUUCCCCAUGUCUGCUUUGGGUUUCCUCUGGGCGCUCCAGUUUCCUCCCACAGAUCAAAGAUGUGCAGUUUAGGUGGAUUGGCCAUUGUUAAAUUGCUCAUAUUGUCCAGUGAUGGACAGGCUAGAUGGAUUGGCCAUGGGAAAUGUGGAGUUAGGUAGGAUGCUUUUCGGAGGGUUGAUGCUGACUCAAUGGGCUGAAUGGCCUGCUUCCACGCUAGGGAUUCUAUGAUCAAUCAAUAUUUGCCAAUGUUUGCUAUUUUCCUUUUCACCUAAUUUGAUGUUUUAAAUAUGGGGAAACAAAUAUUUUUAUAUAAAGCUUGGUACUUCUGUUAUUUGUAGUUUCCUUGUAAUUUUAUUCUAAUUCUGUCACAUUCUGAAGGGAAGCCAUAUGAGAGGAUGGCUAUAAAACAAUAUAUAAAUCCAGAGUUUGGAGCAUACAAAGCCUCUACUUUGAUAAAGCCCCAUUCCUUUUUUCUCCUGUCUGAGAUACUAAACCAGAGAGGUGUCUGGCCUGCUGCGUUAAUGGGGAAGUUGCCUGCUGUGGUAAUGCAUUGGUCACUGCUCAGUCUGAGUGUCUCUGAGCAGCUGUCCGACUCCCCUUCCACACCAAAUCAAUCUGUCUUUGUACUGUUCUCAGGAUAGAGUUGGAAACCAAGGGAGCACGGCUGACUUCAGGGCGAAACGAAUACAGCAUGAAAUUCCAGUUGUGGCCUUACUGAAAUAACGAUUUAGUUUUAUCAGCAUCUACUCGAGCUAAGAUCCUCUAUGUGCUCCCAUCGAUCUGUGUGAAUCAGCAGUGGGGUAAUCAUUGACUACGUUACAUAACUCUUAACUUGUCAAGGCAUUCUCUUGAAAAAUGAACAUAUGAAUGGGCCUAUUUCAACUCAAUAACUGAUAGCCAAUGUGUGUAAAUGUCCUUACUGUCUCCAAAGAGAGGGGCCUCCUUAUUAAUAAAUAUAGUUUCUAGUACAUGGAAACGUGCUACAUCAGUGUGAAACCAAUUGCGAAUUCUCU